CACCGCUAAACACAAACACACACACAGUAAUAAACAAAACCGAAUCGGAAUACUGAAAAAAAUGAUCCGAAAUUUUCAUUGAUUUUUGUUUGUGUGUAUGAUUCAAAAUAUUCUACGCGUUUAUUUGGCUCGUCUUAUUCAUUAUCGUUAUUUACCGUAUACGGUAUAUCUUAUAUUUUACAGAAAAAGAGAAACAAAAAAUUCGAUAUGUUGAGACAAAUUUUUUAUCGAUCAAAAUCGAUACCACCACCGGUAUUGGCUCGAUUAUAUCAUGAAAAAGUAAUUGAUCAUUAUGAAAAUCCCAGAAAUGUUGGUUCAUUGGACAAGAAUGACAAAGAUGUUGGUACCGGUUUAGUUGGUGCACCGGCAUGUGGUGAUGUAAUGAAAUUACAAGUAAAAGUUGAUGAAGAUGGUAAAAUUAUUGAUGCACGAUUCAAAACGUUUGGUUGCGGUUCAGCCAUAGCAUCAAGUUCAUUGGUCACGGAAAUGAUUAAAGGAAAAACAAUCGAUGAAGCUUUACAGAUAAAGAAUACUUAUAUAGCAAAAGAAUUAUCUUUACCACCGGUCAAAUUACAUUGUUCAAUGUUGGCAGAAGAUGCUAUCAAAGCUGCAAUCAACAAUUAUAAAGUUAAACGACAAUCUUUGGAACAAAGUGGUGGCACCAUUGAAAAUUGAUUGAAAAAACAUAUAUGAGUGAGGAGUGUUUUUUGUUCAUCAAGUUUUCAAGUUUUAUUAAUGUUAUUGUCAAUAUCAAUCAAUCAAUCAAUCAAUGUUAUGUAAUUAUUUAAUGUAAAAUCAACCUGUGGAUAAAUCUUGCUGUGUUUUAUCGAAAAUUUCAAGAAUCGAUUAAAAAAAAAUUUGAUCAAUCGUA